UAUUAUUAAAUGAAGCUAUCGAGAUACAAAUACCACGUGUUUCGUAGCCUCGUUCCUGGUAAACGUGUAGAGAAUAUACACGUGUUUACUGGUAUAAUUAUUUUACUGAAAAAUAUAUAAAAUGGAAGAACUUGAGGAAGUCAAUGAUAUUAGUGCAAGUGAAGAUGAGGGAGAUGAUGAAAGGAGACAUAAAAAAAUGCUGGAAGCCAUUAACACUCUGAGUGGAAAACAAGGGCAUAAACGGGCCUACAGAAAAGAGCCUAGUAAUGAAAUUUCAGAAUUUAAUUUAUCAGAAGGAAAUCGAGGAAAAGUUAAACUGCAUGAACUUCUUGCAAGUUUGAAAAAAACACCAAGUCAUGCAGCUAUUAAAAAACAGUUAGGUGCAACUAUUAGGCGACGUAAAAUUCUUAAUGUACCUUUGGAAACUGAAGAAGCAUUAAAGAUAAAAAGAAAAGUUGCUUAUGACAAAGUCAGCAAAGAAGUAUCACUGUGGGAUGAUAUAGUGCAAGCCAAUAGAGUUGCAGAACAAAUCGAAUUUCCACUUCAAAGACCAGACGUCAGUAUUCGUCCCGCCUCAGAAUACAUAAAAAAAUUCAAGCCUAAAACACCUAUGGAAAUUGAGAUUAAUAAUGUACUGAAUGCAAAUAGCGAUAUUCUGAUGGAAGAUAAAUCUAAUUUAGCAUCUCUUGACGAGGAAGAAAUGCAAGCGUUGAAUGUGCAAGAAGUAAAAAAGUCUUUAAGAGAGAUACAGAGAGCAAGAGCCUUGUUAUCUUAUGCACAAUCAAAAAAUCGAAGACAAAAUAAAAUCAAAAGUAAAAAAUAUCAUCGAAUUUUGAAGAAGGAAAGGCUACAAAAAGAAAUGAAAGAAUUUGAAAAAUUGAAACUAGAAUCGCCUGCCAAAGCUGCAGAGAAAUUAAAAGAACUCGAGAAACUUCGAAUUUUAGAAAGAAUGACGUUAAAACACAAAAGUACUGGAAAGUGGGCUAAACAUAAAAUGUUAAGAGCGAAAUAUGACAAAGAGAGUAGAGAUGAAAUAUCUGCACAGCUAGAAUUAGGUCGGCAACUUACUCAAAAAGUAAUUACAAAUGAGGAAAGUGAUGAUGACAAUGACGACGAAGCUGAUGGUGAUCCAAAAUUAUCAUUCAGUGUAAAUAAAACUGAAAAUGACAAAGCAUUAAAUGAUUAUAAAGAAUCUAUGAAUCUACUUAAAAAUCCUAUAGAGUGUAUAAGUGCAGAUGAAGUUAAUAAAGGUUAUAUCAAAAGAGCAAAACAAGUUUCUAUAAAAGAAAUUAUCAAGCGGGAUGCAGAAGAAAAUUGUAGUGACACUGAUGAAAAUGAAGAAUCAUUAAUUGAUGAGACUUUAGUCAGAAAGACAAAAAUGGAAGAUUUUAACAAUAUGGAAGAGAUCCCUGUUGAAAGUAGUACAGAAUGGUUCAAAACACCAAAAACUAAAAUCAAUUCAGAUGUCAAACUGAAACAAAAUAAAAGCGGUGAAAAAACAUGCAACAAAAAGAAAAAUGAAAAUUCUUUUGUGGACAGUGAACUAAAUGUAGUGGAAUUGAAAUCUCAAAAAUCGCAGUUAGUCGAGUGUGAGGCCAUCGAUGAAGAAGAAUUGGAUGCUUUUUCUGAUGGAGAGAACAAACAAGAUUUAGCCGAAUCUUAUUGGGACUCCGAAAUUAUUAAAGAAUUUGAAGCAGAAAAGUCUGCUGCUAUAGAAAAGGAUAAACCAAAGGACGUAGAUACAUUUUUACCAGGUUGGGGCAACUGGGGAGGAAGCGGAAUUAAAGUCCCCAAGAAGAGAAGAAGACGUUUUAUCAUCAAAGCACCCCCUGCGCCUCCUCGAAAAGACAGCACUUUAGGAAAUGUCAUCAUUAACGAGAAACAUAAUGAGAAAAUAAAACAGUUUCAGGUUAACGAAAUUCCCUUUCCAUUCUCGAGCGUUCAGCAAUUUGAGAGCACUCUUCGACAACCCAUCGGCAGAACUUGGAAUCCGGAAACAGCAUUUCAGAGGGCUGUAGCCCCAAAAAUCGUAACCAAAAUGGGACAGAUAAUAGAUCCCAUCGAUUCCGAUGCCCUUUUGAAAAAAUUACAAGAGGACAGAAUUAAAGAAGGAUUUAAAAAACCAAAUAAAGAAGGAUUCACAAAACCAAAUAAAAGAAAGGCAGUUGUUACUAAACAAAAUAAUAAAAAGAAAAAAUUAAACAAGAAAAUACAAAUUAGUAGUUUAUAUGAUCAAAUUUAUUUUGAUUAA